AUGACGUCGACCUGCUGCAAACUCUUGAUUCUUAGUGCCUUGUGUACGCUGACGAGAGCAUACAUCGUCGUAUCACCAAACCAAUUGGUUGCCGGUAACGAGGAGACGAUCCUCCUGAUCAAUGACCAGAACCGAGCUCUUCGAGGGGAAGUCACUCUGGAAGAUAAUCCAAAUCUGGGAGUUGAUGCCCAGUAUGUCGCUAAGAAAGUGGAUCUCCAACCCGGACAGAUCGCGGUUUUGAAGUUCCGGAUCAACAAGAACUUCACUCCGUACAUUGAUUUGAAAACCGCUUUGAACGGAUCGAAAAAAGUGAAGACACUGAAAGUCAGCCAGAAGUCCGGACACAUAUUCCUCCAGACGGACAAACCUCUCUACAACCCGAAAGAAACGACAGUUCACGUCCGUUUCAUGGCAACCGACGAAAACCUUCUGCCGGCUAAUCGUACCUAUCGGCUGCAAGUCAAGAAUCCCGACGGUCAGCUCGCAAUGUCGCAGGACUUCCACGAGCCAAGCCAAAGUUUGUUUAGCUUCAACUAUACAUUGCCAGAAGAUCCCAUGCUCGGUGAAUGGCUGGUCCAAGUGCUCUAUGGGGAUGGCUUCAAACAAAGCGAAAGAACCACUUUCGGUAUGGAGGAGUACGUCCUUCCAACCUUCAGAGUCGACGUCGAUAUGCCGGAGACCUUAAUUCCGAGCAUGAAGUCAGUUCCCGUCAGAGUGAAGGCUACGCACGUUUAUGGAAAACCUGUUCGCGGUCAAGUUAUGAUCAAGGAGUUCUUGAAAACAGCCGCCGGUGACCCUCAGCAAUACCAGAGCGCGGGUAAUUGGACGGUACUGGAUGAGGAAGGAGAAGCCGAAUUCCAAGUGGAUCUCACUCCGUAUCAGGUCGGGGACAGCUGGCAGCCCAGCGUUCACCAGAGGCGAUUACUCAUCGAAGCCGUCGUUCUCGAGCAGUCGACGUCAAAACAGGAAUCCGGUUUCACUGACAAAGCCUUGUUCGAGCGGAACCUGUACAAGAUUCACGCGCAAAUGCAGCAGGAGAUCAGACCGGGAUAUCCAGCUCUCGCGACCGUUCAAGUCACUCAUGCGAACGGCCGAAUCGCGUCGGAUGUCGCCGUUGAAAUCAAAGUUCUCGAUGAUGACGAGAGGAGAAUCACUAAUCUCCCUCAAAAGUUGGUCCGCACAGAUGAGAACGGCAUUGCGAGCUUCCUCAUACCUACGAAUCCGAAAUACACCCAGAUUCGUGUGAGCCUAGAAGUCGGGAACCCUCCGUUCACGUCCAGUCAUACCGCCACUCUGAAAGCGUACAAAGGGAGGGAAUAUAUCGCCUUGAGGAAAAUCCCCGUCACCAAGAGAUUUUCAGUGGGUAAUGAAGUAAAGUCUGAGUUGAAUUUCCACCCGAGAGGAGUUUUCGUCGGGGCCGUCGUGGCUGCUGUCACCGGAGGGAAGAUCAUGAAUGCGAAAAACAUUCGAGUCUCGUCCACAAGUACAAAAGAGGGAUUCUCUUUCGACAUAACUCCUGAGAUGUCACCGAAAACACGGAUAGUAGCAAUCGCUUGGAAGAGCAACGGUGAGGUUUUCAUCGACAGUUUUUUCAUUGCAAUCGAGCAAGACUGUCGCCACGCGGACUAUGAGCUCCGACAGACAAUAUAUCCGAUACCCGGGGGUGUCGGAAACAUCGAGGUCAGCGGAGCAAAACGAGGAACAGUGAUCGGGAUUAUGGCUGUCGAUGAAGCCGUAUACGCCAUCCGCAAGGAUAAUAUUCUAACGAGGAACUCUAUAUUCUCUAAACUGGAAGCAACCGACCGAGGCUGCAAAGACGGAGGGGGCAUAGAUCUCGCAAGCUCUGCAGGACAUGCUGGGGUCGUCGUGUUCACCGACAGAAUCGACGUUCCUGACGUCGAGAACUGCCACGCGAGAGUCCUGCACAGACGAACCCGUAGAGAUGCCAUCGUCGACCGCUUCAAAAACGACCCCUUGGGAGAAAAAUGCUGUCGUUUGGCUUUCUCCAACUACAUCCUAAACAAGAGCUGCGAAGAGAGAAGCCAAGCUUUGAUCCAUGAGUUCCGUAAAGAUAAUCGCCUGAAGAUGCAUUGCCAAAAAACUUUCUUGGAAUGCUGCGCCAAGGAUAGCGUAGGCUAUGUCCCCAAAUAUUUUCCCUAUUCCUCGAAUCUGCAAUAUACUAAGCCCACAUGUGCAGGUCGCUUCGGAGAGGCCGACGAGGUCGAAGAAUCGAUACCUGAAUCUAAGGUCAGGCGGGAUUUCCGCGAAUCAUUUCUGUUCCAAGAAAUCUUGAUCGAAGGUUCGUUCAGUGUUAACUCGCUCCUUGUCACACUUCCGCACAGCAUCACAACGUGGUCGAUCCAAAGCGUGUCGGUGAACCCUCAGGGUGGUAUAUGUGCACAGCCCCCGAUACAAGUCGCCAUAGAACAAAAUUUCUUCCUGCAAGUCGAUCUCCCGUACAAAGUUGUGCGGAACGAGCACGUCCUCAUCAAGGUUUCUCUGUACAAUUACAACAACAAGAAUAUCUUCGGAAAUCUUUACAUAAACGGGGUGAAUGACGUUUGCACCCAAGCGCGGCCCGGAUCGAAAUCUGACUCGAUUAGGUUCGACAUCGCUGCCAAUUCGGCGUUCAAAGUUGGCAUCCCGGUCUUCCCGCUCAAAGAAGGUUAUUUCCCUUUGAAAAUUGAUGCCAUCAGCUCGGAGGGGAGCGAUUCGGUCGUCAAGGAGCUCUACGUCGUUCCCGAAGGCCGGGAAGUUCGACAGUCGUAUUCGGUUUCGAUCGAUCCGACAAACACCCAGAGAAGGAAAGCCCGGAGCAUCGAAUGCGGUCCGAGCUGUAUAUCCCAGAUCGAUCCCGACAAGAAGAACCAAACGAUUACGAUUGACACCUUAUUACCGAAAGACGUCGUCGACGGCACUCCGAAGGUGACGUUGUCCGUUAUAGGAGAAAAAAUGGGCCCUGCCGUACACGCCGGCAUCAACGAGGUCGAAACUCUGGUCUCGUUGCCGAAGGGAUGUGGAGAGCAGAACAUGAUGCGACUCGCACCUAUCGUGUUCAUCGCCGAGUAUAAAAAAAUUGGGACCCUGGACCCGAAACAGGAGAGCAAGAUCAAACAAAACAUGAUGCUGGCCUACUCGCGCCAGAUGACUUUCCAGAAGAGGGAUGGAUCUUUCUGUGCCUUCAGGAAUCGAGGCAGCAGUAUUUGGCUGACCGCAUUCGUCGCGAAAGUCUACUGUAGGGCUGCUCAGUUCUUCGCUGAUCCUCAGACGUUCCCACUGGCUGCUUCGGGAGCUAUCGAGUGGCUAACGACGAAACAGCAGCCAGACGGAAGUUUCAGAGAGAUCAAACCCAUUCUCCACAAAGCUCUUCUGGGCGGUGUCAAAGGAAAACUCGCUCUGACCUCUUUCGUAACCGCCGCACUCGAUGAGUGCGCUCCUCUUCUUUCCGGCGACGUUCGCGCGAAAUACCGCAAGAGCGUCUCGGCGGCUAAGAAUUUCCUCAUGAAGAACUACGACACGACCACGGAGGGCUACCCAGCGGCCUUGGUUGCCUACGCUCUGAGCAAUACGAACUACUCAAACUCGGCUCUGGACCAUAUGGCGGACUUGAUGAGAAGCGAUGCGGACACAAAUACUCUGCGUUUGAAAGAGGAUGCUUACCAUCCAUGGGUUGCUGAAGGAACCGCCUACGCACUCCUCGCCGCUACGAAAGCCAAGCGGACGAGCCUUGCCGCUCCGAUAUUCUACUGGCUCAUCUCUCAGCAGACUCUGAAUGGUGGUUUCCAGUCGACUCAGGACACCGUGGUUGCUCUGCAGGCUCUGAGCGAAUAUCUCUCGACAAACCCUCAGCCGCCCGUCGAUCUUUCACUUCACCUCAGCGAUGGCAAGAACGUCGAGAGAAUUCUCCGAGUCAAGCGAGAAUCGGCGUCCAUCCCGCAGACGUUGUCGACCCAAGUAUCGUCCGAUAAGCUCGAAGUGCACGCUACCGGUCACGGGAGCGGGGUGCUAUCCGUCCUGAUCAAAUACAACACGAUAAUUCCUGCUAAGGACAAGUGUCCGUUCAACGUGACCAUUUCAAGCCAGGAAUCCGACGCGGACUCUGUCGACUUGGAGAUCUACUCUUACGACCAGAGUGAAGCCGAAAAGACGGUGGACGUUCUCCUUCAGCGCCAUCGUCGGCAGAAACGCUCGCUGAGAGCGGAUCAGCUAGUUUACCGCUUGGACGUUUGCGCGUAUCUGCUCGCGGAUACGGCGACGGCGAUGAGUAUCGUUCAGGUGGACAUGAUCACUGGAUACGAAGCUUUAAAAGAGGAUCUUGUCAAGCUUGUCCGAGAGCGACAAAUCGAAAAGUUCGAUAUCGUGCCCGACCGGGUCACUCUGUACGUGAGCGAAUUCGAGCCGCACAGAAAUACGUGCUUCUCGUUCCGAGUCGUCCAAGAAUUCACGGUAGUGAACGCUCAGCCAGCUGCGGUUUCCGUCUACGAUUACUAUAACAAAAUCGGGAAUUGUCCAAUUUUCUACGAACUCUCACAGAUCCGGAGGGUUCUCGUAGAAUGCGACGGCGACAGCGAUAAGAUGUGCAAAUGCCUCCAGAACAGCUGUCCGUCGCUGAUUCCGUUCGAUACAAGGACGAGGAUGGAUCUGUCGACCACAAGGAAUGGACGCAGCGUCGCUAAGCGAAUAAUCUGCGAGCACGAUUUCGUUGUCGAAGGCAAGGUCAUAGAUAUGAAGCGAGAGCAGCGGACACUAUUCUUCAAAAUGAACGUGACGCAUGCAUGGCGUGAAAAGUUCCCUAUGCGGAGCACUGUCGUCACCUUCACGCAGAAGGAGUACUGCAAGAACUUGAUGGCCACAGGUCUGACGUACAUGGUUUUCGGCGACGAGAGUAUUCCGCAUCGUACCGAAGAAGGAAGCUUGCAGACAUUCUACAGCCUGAACGAGAAUUCAAGAGUUUUCUUCCCGAAAGAUGUGAUUGACACCCACAUCAAAGGCAAUUUCGAUCUGUUGAAGGUUCGACAGGUGGACUGUGCCUAGAGAGGAUUGUACAAAGAAAAACAAGAAGUGUCCGUGAAUUGAUCGAGAAGUCGGCUCGGUCGAGUCAUGGACAUCGAGGAACGAUUUCUAUCUCUCUGAUGCUCGUAGGUAAGCGGAAUUACAAGAACGGUGCUGAAAUACAUAGAGCCGAUGAUGAUUGCGUGUAGUUACUUGUUAUGAUGGUGUGAAUGGGGAAUUUUCUGCGGAUUUCUAUAUUUAAUGCGGAUUCUCGAAAUAAACCUAAGACCUCAAUU